AUGUCUCAACAUAUUUCCGAUAGCCACAAUGAUAAUGAGGCAUUGGGAGACGGGGACAGCUUCAUGAAGACAAAGGACUGGGAGGAUAUCGAGCCGAUGUGGCAAGAGUAUGCACAAGAACAGUUCGGCGAGGGAUGGAGCAAGCCAGGACUCUGUUCUGGGAUCAACAAGGCCUUCAUUCCAUGGAGCGCCAUCAUAGACAGGGAGGAUGACUUUGUAUCACCCAUGUAUCUUCUAACGGGCGUGCAUUUGAAGGAGCCAUUGAAGUUGCAAAACUCUGAUGCCACAGCUUUGCUCAACUUCUGGCAUGCUCACCAGCAGACAGAUCAACAUCCGAUGUUUCAGUUCAAAGCAUGGAGGAACAAAGAUGGGCAGAUGUUACAGCCAGUCAUGACCACUGAAACAACCGAUUCAUUGUCUGAUGAUUCUGAUGAGUUCAGACCUCAUCGGGGCAUCAUGAUCCGGAGGCCCCGGGACUCAUCAACUGAAUCCGAGAUCGAUGGCCGCCUGCACCAUGCUCCCUCUGCAGAUUCCCAGAGGCUUUUCGAAGACAACACAGAUUCCUUGGGGAAUGAUGAUCCGCAAUACAAUCACUCUGACAUGCAUGAGGAUGAUGCUAGGACUGUGAAUCACACAGCUUGGGGUGCACCCAGACCACUGUCCACCUGGACCCUCGACUGCAGAGUCCAGCAACCAAUUCCGAAGCCAUGCGCGGUGAAGACGGUGAGGCCAGUGCAUGAUGCUGCUGGGGUCAAAGAUGGGAGACCUCCUGGCUGGGCUAACUCAUGCAAAUAG